AUGGGCUCUGAGUUCGAUUGCCAACACCAUGGUUCGACACUUCGACAACAGAUCAAAAACACAGGGAUUGGCUCUGAGUUUCCAGAAUCCAGAAUCCAGAUUCCGUUCGCCAACACCAGCGAUCCGGAUCGCGAACGCCCCGCGAUUGGGUUCGUUCGAUCCGGAACGCGAGUCGCCGGCACAGGCAGCGUUUCCGGUGACUUUGGCAUGGACAAAUGGAAGACAGCUCUCAAGGAAGCAGCAGAUUUGUCUGGAUGGCCUUUCAAGGAUGGCCGGUACGAGUCUGAAUUUAUCAACGACAUUGUUAGUGAGUUAUCUGCCCAAGUGGUAAACCCUUCAUGUGAGUUGGAAGUAGCUGCACAUCCUAUUGGAAUAGAGUCUUGCAGACAAGAUGUCAUUAGACUUCUACGUGCCGAGGAAAAUAUUGUUCACAUUGUAGGCAUAUGGGGGCCUGGUGGAAUAGGAAAGACCACAGUCGCGAAAGAUGUGUUUAAUUCAAUUCACAAUAAGUUUGCAUGUAGUUGUUUCUUAGCAGAUGUUAGAUCAAAUGCCCUAGUCCAACUGCAAGAGACACUUUUACGUGAUAUUUUAGGAGACUCAACUUUGAAGGUGAACAAUGUUGAUAAAGGAGUCGGUUUGAUAAAGACAAGGAUGCGAAAUAAAAAAGUUUUCUUAAUCCUUGAUGACGUGAGUCAUUCUAGCCAAUUACAAAAAUUAGUUCCAUCCCCUGAUUGUUUUGGGCCGGGCAGUAGAAUUCUCAUAACAACAAGAGAUAAACGUUGGCUAAUUGCUCAUCAAGUUGAUGAAGUAUACGAGGUCAAGAUGUUAAAUGAUUAUCAAGCUUUAGAGUUGUUUAGCCUGCAUGCAUUCAGAAGAAAUGAACCUCCAGGCGAUUAUCUGAAACUUGCACAAUGUGCAGUAUGCUAUGCCCAGGGCCUUCCAUUAGCUUUGAUAGUUUUAGGCUCUCAUCUAUUUCGCAGAAGUAGAGAGGAGUGGGAAGCUAUAUUAGAUAGUUGCAGGGGAGAAGGACCCCACAGAGAGAUAAGAGACGUGCUGAAAAUAAGUUAUGAUGCUCUGGGAGAAGAUCUAAAAGAAUAUUUUCUUGAUAUCGCUUGUUUCUUUAAAGGUAAGCUUGUAGACGAUGUGAAACCAAUACUAGAAGCUUGCCAUGAGCUCAAAUCAGUGAGUGGUUUUGCACAACUCCAGGAAAAGGCCUUAAUAAGAAUUGACAAAGGUUGGUGUUCUACGAUUUGGAUGCAUGACUUGAUAGAAGAAAUGGGUAAAGACAUAGUAUAUCAACAGUCACCUGAUGAGCCUGGGGAACGUAGCAGAUUGUGGAGUGAAGAAGAUGUCUACCACGUUCUAAGAAACAAUACAGGAACGAAUGUUAGAGGCAUCCAAGUCUCGUGGCGAUCAUCUACGAUAUAUUUGAAUGCUAAAAGUUUCUUAGAGAUGAAGAAUCUUAGAUAUAUUUCUAUCAGCGGGGAAGUGAAAUUUGAAUGCAUUUCUGGAGACAUUGAUAAUCUCUCAAGCCAGUUGAGGUGGCUUGAUUGGCGUUAUAGUCCGCUACAAUAUUUUCCAUCUGAUUAUCAAGCAAACAAACUUGUACAACUUAAUAUACCUGACAGCCGCAGAAUCACACGACUUUGGGAGGGACAUAAGAAUUUCUCAAGCCUAACAUGUAUGAAUUUAAGGGGUUGUUCAUCCUUAAGGGAACUCCCAGACUUCAGUGGAAUCCCCAACUUGAAAGAGUUGAAUCUAUAUGGAUGUAGCAGUUUAGUUGAGGUUCCUGAUUCCGUUGGAUUCCUUCGUAACCUUGUUACUUUGAAUGUUGACUGCUGCUCUAACCUUAUUAUGUUUCCAAGAAAAAUCAACUUCAAAUAUGCAAAAACAGUUUCUAUUAGCUAUUCUAAGCUUGAGGAAUUUUCAGAAGUUGGGGAAGAGCUGGGUUUCUUGAGAAAAUUAGAUAUAUCUGGCAGUUGCAUUAAAGAAUUGCAUCCGUCCAUUACAAAACUUAUUGGGCUAGAAACCUUGGUACUAAUAGAGUGUCAAAAUCUCGCAACUCUUCCAUAUAAUAUUUAUGAGUUGCGCAAUUUAAAGUAUCUUAAUGCGACUUUAUGCCCAAAACUUGCUACAUUUCCUGAAAUUUCAAUAAAGAUGGAUUCUUUGAGACAACUUUUUCUAUCAGGCAGUAACAUUAGAGAAUUGGAUGAGUCAGUUGGAAAUCUCAUCGGGCUUGAAAAGUUGUACCUCAGUGAUUGCAGAAGUCUUACAACUCUACCAUGCAGCAUUUAUGGAUUGCAAAAUUUAAAGAUGCUUUAUCUUCGUUACUGCUCAGAACUAGUUAGAUUUCCAGCAAAUACCAAGAUUUUGAAUGUCGAUGGUUGCUCACUAUCACUUCCCAAGCUAGAGUUGUUGGACAUCCGAGGAUGCAGUUUAUCAGAUUGUGAUUUCCUCAUGACUCUUGAUUGCUGGGAAACAUUAGAUCACCUUGAUCUGUCAUUUAACGAUUUUGUUAGUCUUCCUACUUGCAUCACCAAAUUUGUCAACUUGCGUAUGCUUUACUUGAAUGGUUGCAAGAGACUCCGAGGAAUUCCGGAGCUUCCCCCAAACCUAAUUGAUCUAGGUAUGAGUGAUUGUGAAUCAGAAGAGCCAACUCAGGACAUAGAGGGGGCAUCGCUAUCAAUUGAAGAGGAUGAUGAAGAAGAGCCAACUCCGUCGUCACAGCUUUCUUUGUCUUCCGAACCUCCGAAACGACACCACACCCCAGAAGAAGCACCAACAGUGAUUCCUCCAGAACGACAUUGCGCUGCCGGGCAACCAUCAAUGGUCCAUUUGCUCAUGAAAUGGCUAUCUCCCCAAUCCCCAUGAUCCCUGACCUGCGUAGCUCCCACCACACAACUUCUACUCCACACUGUCAACACCAAGAGGAACCGACUGAGUUGUUAAGGCUUUCUCUGUCUUCAGAACCAACAAAACCUCGUGGCACAGUUGAAGGUUUGGGUAUGAGCCCGUUUAGAGGCUUCUGCAGGCCCUCUGCAACUUCUUACUGAUCAAUGAAUAGAAUCAACAGUCAUGGUGCUGCAGAGAUUGGCCACAUGAUGAUGAGGAAUAACGGUCUUCAUUGUAAAUUAUCAGUUGAUCCCACUGUGCAGGAGAAUAUUGGUGGCAGUCAGCUAGGCACUGCAAAUCAAGUGGGAACUAUAAACUUUUACUUGGAUUGCAGAUUUGAGCAAAACGGGUACGUGCUGAUCUGAUUAGAUAGAGACAAUUGAAAUAAAGCUAGAAGUAAAGGUGGAAGGUUACGAUAAAAAAGAUGGUAUAUACCUUGAUAGUGGCGAGACUCUUAUGCUGGUCAGAGCAAGCAAUGAGUGUGGUCGAGUGGGGCGGUUGAUCAAGAGUUUGCGGCAGACAUAGCUAUAGGCAAGUGGCAUGAUACUAGUGCUUCCCUGAUUGGAAGCUCCAAAUGUCAUCAGGCCGAUAUCUAAGGCUUAAUUGAGUUCUAAAAACCGAUUUAUAUGCAAGUAUUUGCAAUCAUGCAUCUAAGAAUAUAUGCCUGUAUCUCUCUUUUCCUUUUUGUAACGCAGACUCUUAUAGGAAGUAGUAAAACUAUAACUAGUUCAUCGGAGCUGGUGUUGUAUGCUGAGGUUGUUUCAGAAAUAGCAGUGAUUAUGAAGAUUAGCUUAGUAAAAUCAAUACAUAUUCAAACAUUAAAGU